AUGGCUACGUCUUUGGACUUCAUACAAAUAGCACAAUAUGAAUAUGUUAUUCUAAAAGUUGACUAUUUUUUCUAUAACAAGCAUUAUAAAACGAUUCAGGUCCAUACUAAUGGCAUAAUUACAUUGGGAACGGGUGCAACAUCCAUGAUAGCCAUUAACUUCAAUUUAGAUUCUAUUCGGAUACCCAUAAUUUGUCCCUUUGCCGAUCACAUCGAUACAAGAGGAACUGGUGUCAUUUAUUACCGCGAAGAUUCAACAGAGCAGUUGUUAAGUCAAGUAUCUACUAAUAUCCAAAAAUCAUUUACAGGAGCGUCUACAUUUGUAGCCCAAAGAGCAUUUAUCGCAACUUGGGAGAAUGUCGGAUUUUAUAAUUCGAGCAGUACACCAGGAAAUACCUUUCAAGUUGUUAUUGUCACCGAUGGUCAGCGUGAAAGCUAUGCCAUGUUUCUAUAUGAAAAUGACGGUUUACGCUGGCUAAGAUCACAACCAAAACUAGGCAUAACUCCAAGAUAUCCACUGAUAGGAUUUGCCGCAGGCAACGGAAUAGGCUCUUAUUCUUUGUAUGGUUCAAGCACCGCUAAUGCAUCAGCACUGCCUUCACUAUCCAAUGUGGAUAUACCUGGCAAGUGGUUAUAUCAAAUUGGUAAUGGUAGCCCUGGCCAAGGCGGUAAGAUAACACCAGCUGUCCUGGUCAAUGGAUCCAGCGUUAAUCUGUGCUCUAUGGGCUAUCCGCGCUGUUCCAGUCAGUCUAUUUGUAACAACUAUGCCACUGGUUACUGUUGUGCAUGCCCUAAUGGAACGAAAGGCAACGGCAAAAUUUGCUAUAGUCAAAUUCAUUCGAUGUCACUGGCUGAUGCCACCGUCCAAAUCAACGUCCAACGUCAGAAUAGCAAUACUACACUUUCUGCACAAAUGCACGGCCUUGCUUAUCCUCGUAGCUUUUGCCGAUGCUAUUUAGCCAUGUCACGAAUUCCGAUUGAGGAAGUAAUUGUAGCUGAAGUUAUUUUAGAUGAAUUGGGAUUACUCUUAGGUUGGUACUAUGCAGAUCGAGCAGUCGGCGAACCAGAAUCCCUUGCUAAUGGCCAUAGUCUAGCUGGCGAUGGUUUUCAUGGUACAAGUCGAAUUCAUUUUGGUCUCCAAUCGGCAUUUGUACUAAAAUAUUCGAUGGUUCCUACCGAUGCUAAUGCCGAUAAUAUACUCAUCAAUAUCGAAACAUCUGGACUAUUUCCAGAUGUGACUCAGCUUUCAAAUAACGCCACAUCCAACCAAACAGAUCUAUUUGCCCAAUUUGAAGCCAAUGAUCAAUAUUUCUAUAACGUCGCUCCUGGUAAGGAAUUAGCCAUCAUAAAUAAUCAUGUUAACCUCAACGGAACCAAUGCCAUCUAUCGUACAACUCGAUUCAUCUAUCACACGCAAUGUUCCUCUGAUUGGAGAGCCAGUGGAGUUCGCGUUCGUUCAACAGAUUCAUAUAGGCAAUUUACUUAUGAUCCAACUCGCCAAAUGGUUCAGUCUACGACGACAUUUGCUUUAACCAAUACUUCUGGAGAUGUCAACUUUUGCGCACUGGGUGUCCAUGAUUGCGAUCCAAUUGCUCAAUGUUUUACAGAACCUUAUUCCUAUCGUUGUGUCUGUCCUCAAGGUUAUACUGGUGAUGGGCAUGUUUGUAUAGAUGUUAAUGAAUGUUAUGAUGGUACAAUUUGUCAGCCUAAAAGUAAUUCCUACUGUAUCAAUACUCCUGGUUCCUACAAAUGUCAAUGUUUUCAUGGUUAUCUUGAGACAGCAAAUAAUACUUGCAUCGACCUAAAUGAGUGCUCUAGUGGUAUCAAUAACUGCAGCCAAUACGCUAAUUGUACUAACACAAUUGCAUCCUAUUACUGCGACUGCUGGCAUGGCUACUAUGGCGAUGGAAAUAAUUGUACAUUUAUACCAUGUAGAUUGUGUCAUCGUGACGCUAUUUGUACCCGCGAUAGAGCUGGUGAUGAAAUUUGUACCUGUAAACCCGGUUAUGAAGGCGAUGGAAGAUUAUCAUGUCGAGAUAUCAAUGAAUGUUCAUCCCCUACGCUAAAUAAUUGUAGCCAGUUUGCAUCUUGUACUAACAGCAAUGGUUCCUUCUCUUGUGCUUGCCUUCCAGGCUAUAAGGGAAAUGGAGAGAAUUGUACAGAUAUUAAUGAAUGUGUCGAAGAAUCCUAUCGAUGCGUACCUAAUUCCAGCUGCGAUAAUUCAAUCGGUUCCUUUAACUGUUCUUGCAAUGACGGUUAUCGUGGAAAUCCGUAUGCACCAACUGGAAAUUGUACCGAUAUAAAUGAAUGCGAAGAAGGAAGCCAUAAUUGCCACCGAUAUGGUAUCUGCACUAAUUCACCUUCGACUUUUUCCUGUCGAUGUGAAACUGGAUUUAUAGGCAAUGGGACAUUCUGCGAAUUACCUUGCAAGCGAUGUUUUAAUGGUGGCAAAUGUAUUAAUGACACUGAAUGCGAUUGUCCUCCUGGAUUCGCAGGACGAUAUUGCCAAUUGAAUGAAGGAUCUUUCCUAGCAUAUGCCCAAGGAUAUACUAUACAACGAGUUAACUUUCCUGCUAAUACCUCUGAUCCAACUGUCAUUGUCCAUGAUCAGUAUCAGCUUGGCAUUGGAAUCGAUUUCGACUGCAAAGAAAAUAGCAUUUAUUGGUCCAAUAUUGGCGGCGGUAAAUCGAUUAUGAAAUCAGAUCCAAUUGGUGGCAAUGUUACUGUCGUAGCUACGCUGAAUGAUUCAAGUAGUGUGGAAGGUAUUGCAAUCGAUUCUAUCAGUCGUACCAUAUAUUGGACUGAUUCAGGCAAUGAUGUUAUUGAAGUUAUGAAAUUGGACGGAACCAAUCGACAAGUUUUGUUUGAUACUGAAUUAGUCAAUCCAAGAGCUAUUGCUAUUGAUCCUGUUGUUGGUUUCAUCUUUUGGACUGAUUGGAAUCGUGAGAAUCCAAGAAUUGUGCGUUCAACAGCCGAUGGCAAAGAUCGAGUCAAUUUAGUUGUAGGGAAUUUAAAACUUCCCAAUGCACUGACAUUAGAUACUGAACUUAAGAGAGUUUAUUGGGCGGAUGCUGGAACUAAUAUGGUAGAAUAUUGCAGCUAUACUGGCGAAGGUAGAAAGACAUUACAUAAGGGUUUUAGCACCGGAAACUCAUUAAUUUAUCCAUUUGCCCUUGCCCUUUAUGGUGACUACCUAUAUUGGUCUGACUGGUCCUCUUAUGAUCUACAAAGAAUUCAUCGAAUUACCGGUAAAUUGCUCGAUCCAAUUUCAACUAAACCACUAGGUGGAUCAUACUAUAGAAUUGAUGGCAUUGCAUCUGUCAUCAAGGAAUGUUCUCAAGGCGCAAAUGCAUGUGGUUCUAUGCCUAUCGUCAACUGUAAUCUAUGCUUGCCAGGGUUAAAUAAUACACGUACAUGCUACUGA